AUGCUUACUUACAAAGUCAUAAUUGGAUUUUUUCUUAUAUGUCUCUCUGGGUACUUCUAUUAUGACUUCACCAGCAUCCGAACACCUUUCUCUAACAAGCGAAAUCCUUGAACCCACCAAUAUUCUUCUAACAAAGAUGUAAAUAUCAGUGACUAUGACUGUCCAAGCUGCUCCUGGAAUCUCUAUACCCCUAACCCUUCUUUUACUAAAUUUGAGUCUAUCUAUGAGUUCAACGACGAAGCUAUUCCUCCUGAAACCCCUCCAAUCCUAUGUAUCCCUGACAGUUUUGGCUAUACCCAUGAAGAAGCUGGCCGAAUUUUCCCAAAAAUUGAUUUUCCUGACUGUGUUGAGAAACUCCCUCAUAAGUACCCAUUUCUUGAUUUAGACGUAGAAAAGAAUAUCCUUACUAUGAAUUGCAGUAAAGUUUCAAAAUAUCCUGGAAGAUAUGUCCUUGGGAUGAGCCAAGAGGAUGAAGAGCUAGGUGUUAAAGAAUAUACAAUACCAUUUGAGGAGUAUCCAGGAAAGCCAGUUAAGCUAAAAAAUAAAGAAGAAUGGGCAUAUGCUACUUGUUAUGAGGACAGAGACGAGUAUUUAGAAGAAGCUGCUUAUCAUCAUAGGCCAAAACCUGAAAUUUUAGAAAGGCCUGCCCAAGAAAGCCCAAUUGUGUUUAUAAGUUUGACGCUUGAUUCUGUAUCAAGAAGAAAUUUCUAUAGAAAACUGCCAAAAACAAUUGAAUUUCUCCAGUCUCUUGAAGAUGAUUAUAAAAUUUUUGACUUUAAAAUCCACAAUGUAAUGGGUGAAUACUCAGCCAAUAAUUUAGCACCUCAGUUUUUCGGCGACAUUGAAUAUAAAACACAUAAAGACAAAGUGUAUAAAGACAUUUUCUGGGAAAAAAGCAUAUGGAAAUACGCCAAAAUGGCUGGGUUUGUAACUUUAUUUAUAGAAGACGGCUGCACCAAUGAUCUCGCCAGGUACUUCGGAAGAUCUAUCAAAGUUGACCACAUUGGGACCUAUUUUUGGUGUGGCGCCAAAAGAUUUAAUAACUACGAAAAUAACAUGGAAUCACAGCGCUGUAUUGGCCGAAAAAAUUCCCAUGUUUAUAUAUAGAAAUUGCCCGAGGAUGGCGCUAUUUUGCGCCAUCCUCGGGCAAUUCAAAAAAUGGCCCCACACGGGAAUUGAACCCACGUGUGGGCCAUUUUUGGUACGUGGAAGCCAAUAUUCUCCACAUACCAAAAAUGGCCCCACACGUGGGUUCAAUUCCCGUGUGGGGCCUGUUUUUUGAAUUGCCCGAGGAUGGCUCAAAAUAGCGCCAUCUCGGGCAAUUUCUAUAUAUGACUAUAUUUCAGAAUUUUCUAAAAAUUACAGACAGCAGAGUCAAUGGGUUUUUACCCAUAUAAAUACUGCUCAUGAAAACUCAGGCAAAAUUAUAUCGACACUUGAUAUAGAUACCAGGGAUUUUUUAAAGGCAUAUCUUACCCAACAAAAAGGUGUAAAAAUUGUUUUAUUUAUUAAUGGAGACCAUGGAAUGAGAUAUGGGGAAUGGUUUAAAAAAAUUGAUGGGUCUCAUGAGCAUAGGCUGCCUUUAUGUAUGUUUAUUGCGUCGAAAUCACUAUUAGAUAUGAUUCCUAAUAGUUAUGAUAUUUUGACUCAUAAUUCCAAUAGGUUGACCACAAAGCUAGAUUUGUAUACAACCCAGCUGCAUAUUUUUUCAUUACUUAGCCAGAAUAUUACAAAAGAUUCAGAAGAGUAUAAACGUAAUUUGUAACUAGGGGUAUAAACAAAUGACUACUGAGAGAUUCCAGCCUAUUAGUUAUUUUCUUGAAAAAGCACCGAAUAAUAGAACUUGUGAGUCUAUUGGAGUCCCUGCAUUUUGGUGCUCAUGCUUAAAAUUUACAGAAAUUACAAACAGCACCUACCCAAAUUUCGUCAGAAAGCUUGCUGAUGAAGUUAUUUACCAAAUUAACGAAGAAACAAAUUCCCCACGACAAGCACCUUAUGACCAUAUUUGCCAAAAAGUUACCUUAAAAGAGAUAAAAAAACUAUGGGUGUUAAGCAUUUCUGAGGAUUUUUAUAAGUUCCAUAUUAUGACUCAUGAGUCUGAAAAGGCUCUUUAUGAAGCUGUGGUUCUUGUCACUACUGCUCCUUUAAGGGCAAGAAGCAUGCUGGAUGCUUUUACAAUUAAUCCUUAUUUUGAGACAGGUAAAAAAAGGAUAUGGAUUGCUUAUAUUAGAAGAGUUGACUCCUAUGCAGGAAUAUGUGAGACUAUUACAAAAGCAAGGAAAAUUUCUUCUGACUCCCCCCCUUCGUGAGUGAACAAAAAAAUUUUGUUCACUUACGGAGGGGGGUUAAUUUGUUUUUUUUUUUAAAAAAUUAUAUAUAAGUUUUUAUAAAAAAUAUUUUUUUUCGAAAUUUAAAAAAAUCCUAAUUCGCAAAAAAUGGAAAGCAAAUAUUAAUUUAAUUUAUAAAAUUUAUGUUUUAAAAAGCAAUUCGUUUGAAAUUAAACAGAAUUAGCUCUAUAUUUCAUUAUACUAAUUAUCAUUUAUAUAUCAAAAUUUUUUUCCAUAAAAAAUUUUUCUAUUAAAAAAAUUUUCGUUCACUCAUGGAGGGUGGGUUUUUUGGGCAAAAAAUAGCGAUUUUUCUAAUGGUUUUGUUCACUCACGGAGGGGGGGAGUGAGUUAUGUAUAUGUAAAAAUACAGACGAAAUUGUGAAAAAUGAGCCAAACCUUUCUCCUUUAAUUAAGUAG